AUGAAGUUGUUCGCGACGUUCGCCCUCCUGGCGCUGGUGGAAGGGGGCGCCUCACAAAAAGUCGUCUCGGCCAGCUUCCACCGAGUCCAGUUCCCCCUGGACCUGGUGCAGAUCACGCGCCGCGAGACCCUCGACCUCGCGGCCCUCAAUAACAUCACCGGCGGCGGCUACUAUUCUGAGGUGAAAGUGGGCACACCGGGCCAGAAGGCGCUGAUGCAUAUCGACACGGGCAGCAGCGAUACGUGGGUCGUCGACAAGCAGGCCGACUUAUGUAACAGCCGUUCUUUGCAGCGCCAGUAUCAGACGGGCUGCACCGCGACUUUCAACUCGAGCGAGAGUUCCACUUAUAAGCUCGUGAGUACUAAUGGGUUUGACAUCACGUACCUGGACGGAAAGAAUAUCCAGGGAGACUACAUCCAGGAUGUUAUCAGCUUCGAUGGGAAAACAAUCAAGGACCAGCAGAUGGGAUUGGCUAUUCAGACCGUCAAGAGUUCGGGCUUGAUGGGCUUGGGUUUCUCCGAGAAUGUGGCAACGCGGCGUCAAUAUCCCACAAUCCUCGACAACAUGGUCACGCAAGGCCAGAUAGGCCGGAAAGCCUACAGCAUUUGGCUAAAUGACCUAUCGGCGUCCGAAGGCACUGUGCUUUUUGGAGGCGUCGACACGGAAAAGUACAUUGGAAAGCUCACCACGCUUCCGCUCGUCAAAGACUACCACUCGGGCAACAUCACUAGCUACAGCGUAGCUCUGACCGGACUUGCGAUCGAAACCCCUGACGGGAAAGCAGUGGAAAUGGCUGCAGAUUCCUUCAAUGCCGCGGCUGUUCUCGAUUCCGGCUCCACCGUGUGUCUGCUGCCAGAAAAUCUCACCAAAUCCAUCUGGGCGAAAUAUGGCGUCAUUGAUGCAGGAUAUGGGUUCAUCGACUGCAAAUGGGGAGGAGCCAUGGGCGAAGGCCACUACAUCGACUUCGAGCUUACUGGCGUCAAGAUCCGAGUCGCAUUGGAGGAGAUGGUCCUGGAUAACCUCAAUCCCAUCAUGGACCAGCUCGAAGGCCUCACCCCCUUUGACAAACCCUGCAUGUUCGGGAUCCAGAAUAACGCCGUCUUCGAUGUGACGAGCGACAAGUUCGCCAUCCUGGGCGACACCUUUUUGCGGAGCGCGUACGUGGUAUACGACGAAACCAACCGGCAAGUUGGCAUCGCACAGUCGAAUCUUAACUCGAGCCGGUCCAAUAUCAUUGAGCUCCGCGCCAACGGGACUGUCUUGCCAACUGUUACGGGCGUGGCAAGCCAGACCACAACACCAGCUCCGACACGGACAGCCGGCGAGAGCGUUACUCGUCUGGAUACGAUUACGACGGCCCCUGUGACGCCUACCCCGAGCGAGUCGGCGAAUGCUGCGUCUCAUCAAGGUGCGAUGUCUUCGCGGUCCGAUGGAUCCAUAGUUAUGUUGGUAAUGUCUGUGUUCGCCAUUGCGGGCGUAAUGCUUCUGGUGGGUUGA